AUGAUUCGAAGGCAGCUUUGGAUAGUAUUCUUGUCCCUGGUGGUUCUGUUGGCGUCCCAAAAUGACUCGCUGGCAUUUGCACAGCAGGAACAAUCCACAAUUGCUAGUGGUAGCGCCCCUGGGGAAGGAGACAUUGCCAUUAUGCAAAAGGAGAUCAAGUGGGGGAUGCAAGAGAUGCAGCGCUACAAAAUGCUGACAGGGGAGUGGCCUGUGCGAGCAGUAGAAGAUCCAAUAGUCGAAGUCCCUAGCAGCAGGAGAGAACUCGAAGUGGCGGCUCGCAAAAAGCCCAAACCAACCGGCACUAGAGGUGCUUCGAUGGAGGAAACUCCCCAUUCCACGUACUGGAAACUACUGGUUUCCGUGUUUUGA